AUGUCCGAAAUCCAGAACCGAUCCUCAGCCUCCCGGGGCAGAGUAUCCGCCCGUGGUGGCCGUGGCGGCUUCAGCUCCAGAGGUGGUCGUGGGGGAAGCAGCAGAUCUGUAAAUGACAACUCAGACCUCUCAUCCUUCGAAGAAGGUGAAAUUGGACAGAUGAAGAAGAAGUACUCCGAUACUUUGCCGACUCUUAAGGAAAUGUUCCCCGACUGGAAGGACGAAGACCUGGUCUUUGCACUUGAAGACUCGAACGGUGAACUCUUGGAGGCAAUUGAGCGCAUUAGUGAAGGUAAUGUGUCCCAGUGGGGUGAGGUCAAGAAGAAGACCACAGACCGGACCCGCCCUAAGCCCAAGGAGGCCCCCAUCACUUCGACCGAACCGACUGCAGUUCCUGCUCGUGGAGCCCGUGGACGCGGUGGAUUGGAGAGUCGCGGACGUGCCCGCGCAGACCGGGGUCGUGGUGGCCGCGGUGGCCGUGCAGGCGCCGCUACAAACGGAACUCGCACAGUGUCUGCUGGGGAGACUUCGGCCCCCAUUGCUACGCCUGCUCCUGCAACCGAGUCAGCUGCACCCAAGGCGGAAGAAACCACCGCAGACCCCGCAAUUGAAGGCGAUUGGGAAUCGGUGGAAAACCCCAAGAGCAGCGUGAUCCCCGAGGGCACUAAGAAGGGGUGGGCUAGUCUUUUCGCCAAACCACCCCCUCCUCCUGUGCAGAAGAAGCCCCAGGCCCCUGCACCUGCUCCCGUUCCUGCUCCCGCUCCCGUCCCCGCCGAGAAGCCCGCUGCACCUGAACCCGUGGCGGAAGCACCUGUUUCUGCGCCCGAACCCGUUGUGCCCGCUGCUUCUCAAAAGACCCCCGUCGCAAAGCCCACUCAACCCGUGAUCCCCGCCAUCCCCACCACCAGUGUCAACCCUCCCAAGGGCGAUUUGACCGAGACAAACCUCGAACAGAUCCCUGAUGUCUCCGCUCCCGCUCCCACCGCAACCGCUGCCAGCACCAUUGGCAGUGGUAUCGACCCCGUGGCUUCCGCUGCCGCGGGAACUCCCACCCGAUUCCCCUCAUCCGCCUACCCUCCCAGCGCUACCAAGCAAGGCCGCACCCCCGGUCUCCAACGUCGUGUUAUGGAACAGCAGCAGGCUGUCGUUAUGCCCGGCAACCACGCUGUGGACCGCGCUGCAGUCCAGUUCGGCAGCAUGGGUCUGAAUGGUGACGCUGUUGACAUUGAUGAGAACCGUGAGGAUGCCGAGACCCGUGCUCAGCCCCCUCAACACUCUCCUGUCGCUCCUCGUGCCUCACUCCCCCCUGCCACUCAAGCUCCUCAAUCUAUUGAGACUGGUGCUGCUGGACGCCCCGCUCCUGGCCUGCCUCCCGUUCCCCAGGCCUCUGCUGCUGAUUCCUUCACCGACUUUGCUCGUUACUCCGAGCCUCAGCAGAAGCCUUUCGACCCAUUCACCCAGCAGGUCAGCCAGCCCCAACAGCAGAUCCCCGAGCCUUUCGCCAACCAGGCUCCUGUUCAGCCCGCUGCUACCACCGGCAGCGAGUACUCUCCUUUCUACGCCGCCGACCAGCAGCGCUUCCCCUACUACGGAUCCUACGGCUCCUACGGUCAGACCCAGGAUGCCCCCACCGGUCCCCGCGCAGGAGCUGGAUUUGGUGUGUCUGGUGCCGAGGCCCAGCCCCAAAUUCCUACCACGCAGCCUCCCAGCCGCUACGGACCCAUUGAUGCCACCAACAGCGGUCACAACACCCCCAACCCAACCGCACCUGGCAUCACUCAGCAGACCCCCACUGCUCAGCACAUGCCUGGCCAGACUGCGCAGCACGGCUAUGGCUACGGUUAUCCUAACUACUACAACAACCCUCACUACGCUUCUUACAUGAACCAGAUGAACCCCCAGCAGUACAACAACGGCCGCAACCGCCCCAUGUAUGACGAUGCUCGUCGCUACGAGGAUCACUACAUGCAGCAGCAACAGCAGCACAGCCAGCAAUACGGCUACGGUAGCCAGUAUGGCCCCUACGGCGGCAAGGCUGGCAUGUACGGCCAGCCCCACGGUGCCUUCUCAUACGACCAGCACUCGUCCUCUCCCGCCAACACUGGUAGCUUCAGCCAGGCCAUGCCCACCCGCGACUCCGUCUACGGCCGCACCGGCUCCGCCCAGCAGUCUGACAGCCAGUCUACCACCGGUGCUAACUCCUUCGGCGCUGGCAUGUCCGACGUCUUCGGUCGUUCCCAGGGCAGCUUCGGUCAGAACCCUCCCAUUGCCGGACAGCCCCCUGUUGCUGCCGAUGAGACCAAGGGAUUCGAAGCCCCCAAGGCAGGUGGCCCUAGCCCCUCCCUUGCCCAAAACCGCCCAGGAUCCGCUACCAACAGCGUCCCCGGACAGCCCCAGGCUCAGACUGGCCUCCCUCCUCUUCAAGGCCAGCAGGGCCAGCAGGCCUUCGGCAGCUACCCCCAGCUGAACCCCCAGUACGGUGGACUCGGUGGACUCGGUCACCAGGGUGCUACUAACCAGGCCUCCGGCUACGGUAACUACGGCGCCGGCGGCUUCGGCAACUACUACGGCAACUCUGGCCGCGGUGGCUGGGGUGGUAACUACGGCCACUAA